AUGGUGGCCUUCUCCGUAGCCGGCCUACUCGCCGCCGCCCUCGCCGUCUCCUCGGCUACCGCGCUCGAGGUGUCAGUCAAGGCAUCGGGCGGCAACAAGACCAGCAUGCACCAGUACGGCUUCUUGCACGAGGACAUCAACUACUCGGGCGACGGAGGUAUCUACGCCGAGCUGAUCCGCAACCGCGCCUUCCAGGGCAGCUGGCUCCAUCCUCGCACGCUCAACUCGUGGAAGCCCAUCAAUGCCGCCCUCUCCCUUCGAAACCUCAGCGUCCCGCUGUCGGAUGCCCUGCCCGUGUCUAUGCGCGUCGUCCCGCCCCUCGAGGGCGGCCCUGAACGCAGCGGUUUCCUCAACGAGGGAUUCUGGGGCAUGCAUGUCAAGAAACAGAAGUACACGGGCUCCUUCUGGGUCAAGGGUGACUACGAGGGCAAGUUUGUCGCAUCGUUCCAGUCCGCUCUUACCGACGACGUCUUCGGCUCAGUCGAGAUCGAGUCCAAGGCCAAGAGCGACGAGUGGGUUGAGCACGAGGUCGUCCUGGUCCCCGGGAAGGACGCCCCCAGCAGCAACAACACCUUUGCUAUCACCUUUGAUCGCGCUGGGCUCAAGGGCGAUUCGCUCGACUUCAAUUUGAUCAGCAUGUUCCCGCCUACUUACAAGGGGCGUAAGAAUGGCCUGCGCACCGACCUUGCUGAGGCGCUUGAGCAGCUGCACCCGAGUUUUUUCCGCUUCCCUGGCGGCAACAUGCUCGAAGGGCCAAGGAACGACUCGUGGUGGGAUUGGAAGGACACGAUCGGCCCACUCAAAGACCGCAAGGGUCAUCCCGGCCCUUGGGGCUACGAGACCACCAUGGGUCUCGGCCUCGUCGAGUAUCUCGAAUGGGCAGAGGACAUGAAGAUGAAGAUGGUGCUCGGUGUCUUUGCUGGCCUUGCGCUGGACGGCGGCAUCACCCCGCGCGACAAGCUCCAGCACUUCAUCGACGAUGCUCUGGACCAGAUCGAGUUCAUCCGAGGCCCUAUCGACUCCAAGUGGGGCAAGCGCCGGGCGGAGCUGGGCCACCCAGAGCCCUUUGAGCUUACGUAUGUCGAGGUCGGAAACGAAGACUGGCUUGCCGGCGGCCGUGCGGGAUGGGAGUCGUACGUCCAGUACCGCUUCCCCAUGUUCCUCGAGGCCAUCAACGCCCGGUACCCCGAUAUUACCGUCAUCGCGUCCAGCGCCACCUCGGACGGCAGUGAUGGCCACUUUGUCAUUCCCUCAGGCACUGGUCACCACCGCUCCCUGGGUGACUACCACCCGUACCGGAAGCCUGAUCAGCUGGUCGUUGACGAGUUCAACAAGUUCGACAACGACCCCAUCCCUCACAUCAUUGGCGAGGUUGCGGCCACUCACGUGAACGGUGGCAUCGGCUGGGAUGGCAACCUCAACUACUUCCCUUGGUGGAUCGGCACUGUUGGCGAGGCCAUCGCCUUGAUAAGCUACGAGCGCAACGCUGAUCGCAUUCCCGGCACUUUCUACGCCCCCGUGAUGCGCAACAUGAACAGCUGGGCCUGGGCCGUUACGCUCCUCCAGCACGCUGCCGACCCCGCUAUGACCACGCGCUCGACCAGCUGGUAUGCGUGGGAGUUGAUGGCGGCGCACCCCAUUGCCGAGACCCUCCCAGCGACCCAGGACCUCGGUCCGGUUUACUAUGUCGCCGGUGCCGGGCCCGCUGGCUCCCGCAUCUGGAAAGGUGCUGUCUACAACACCACCAACUCGGCCGAGGUCCCCAUCUCGAUCGACUUCCAGGGCGUCGCCAAGGGCGCCGAGGCCACCCUUCGCGUGCUCACCGGCCCCGACGACCCGAUGCGCUGGAACGACCCCCACACGGGCGUCAACAUCGUCAACAGCACCUCCAUCCAGCUGACGGCUGGGGAUGGCGGCGUCUUCAAGUUCAGCCUGCCCGAGCUCAGCAUUGCUGUGCUCGAGACCAACGGCCCUGUCAAGUGCCGCCGCAGGAGGAAUCUCAUUGCUUAGGUAGCGAGGAGGAUCUUGGUUCAAGACUGGCUAAAGAUACCUACCUAGGUAGAGUACAUGAUAACUCUUGGCUGUCUCAAUUGAUGAGUAAUGUAGUUUACUAAAAGUUUGCUUAAAUUUAAGAUGCUCGCUGAGAAGGUUGCUGCAACUGCAUAGCACUUGUGCAGCAGACCAUUUUCAAGUUGCUGCUGCCUGAAACCAAGCCCAACGAAUGGAUACUGCCUUGGGCGAACUCGUUC